GUUUGAGGAAGAAGAAGAAGAGGACGAAAACGUCAACAAGACAAAAAAAAAAAAGGCUUCCGUGUUGAAUUGUGUUCUGAAUCGGUUAUGGUUCGCAUAUGUUGCGUAGUCGGCUGCAGCAACAAGUCGCACGACAGCUGCGGUAGGAAACUCGACAACGGGUCGAGAUUUUUCACCUUCCCCACUUGGAAGAAAAGCCAUGGGCCGCAGAUGAGGGAGAUCUCCGGGAGGCGACGGUCGGCUUGGGUCGCCGCCGUCCGACGCGAAGACAUCACGUUUGACAAGAUAACCCCGUUCAUGUUCGUCUGCUGUCGACAUUUCCAUCAAGAUUGAAGCAUUCAGAUCGGUAUUCAGACCGGAACAAGCGCCUCGCCAUGCCGAAGAUGCGACGUACGGCCUACAUCGCGGCCUUCAAGCUGAAGGCGAUCGACCUGGCAAUGGAAAAGGGCAAUCGAUCCGCUGCGCACGAGCUUGGAGUUAACGAAUCUAUGAUACGACGUUGGAGGAAACAGCGUGGAGCGCUUUCUCGCUGCAAGAAGACGACAAAGGCCUUCAGAGGGAGGCCGGCGUAUGAGAUGAUGGAGAACGACCCGGACUGGGCGCCGACCCUGCACGUGGGCCACGCGGAGAAUGAAAACCGCGACGGGCCGCGAUCGGCGAAAGGGAAGACGUUGGCUCUACGGAGCAAGCGGGUGCAGGAGGGGCAAGGGUCAACUGGCGAAGAUCUGGAUCCGUGCAAGGAAGCGCUCGCGUGGAAUGUCAAACAGGCAGAGGAUCCUGAUGACGUCGGGGAAUGGGAGGUAAAACCAACGGGGCAAAUGGAAUGCGGCGGAGUGGGCUGCGGAAUUGGACCCGAGGAAGUCAAGCAAGAAGAGGCGCUCUUCCAAGUGGUCAAACAUGAAGAGGGCCAGAUGGAGUGCGAAUUCUGCGUCCAGAGGUCUGCGGAAGUCAGCCGCCUGGUGGAGGAGAACCGACGGCUCAGGCGAGAGCUCGACGCCUUCAAGAUGCCGGACGGCUUCUUCGAGGACGACGACGACAAAGUGGAAUAUUACACCGGGAUGCCGAACGUGGGAUCGUUCAUGAACUUUUUCUGUUUUUUGUUGCCUCUCAUGCCAGCCGAGGAGAACAGACUCAGUCCUUUCCAAGUCCUCCUGCUGACUUUCAUGCGCCUCCGGCUGGAUUUGCCCGCCCGGCACCUCGCCCACAUUUUUAGCAUCUCCACAGACACGGUCAACGCGACGUUUCAGGACACAGUUUCGUUCUUGUACACAAAGCUGAGGAUGUCCAUCACGUGGCCCGACAGAAAUAUUCUACAAAGUUCGAUGCCCCAACAGUUUGUCGAGGCGUUUGGACGCAAAGCCGUUGCCAUCGUUGACUGUUUGAAAGUGUCGGCUUAUAAAUCGUCGCGUCACAAAGAUCGCUGGGCCGAUGAUGACGUUAAGUAUUUAAUUGCCGUCACGCCAAGUGGAUUCGUUGGGUUCGUAUCAAAAGGGUGCGAUGGAUUCACAGUUGCCAAAAACAUGCUGGAGAAAAGCGGCUUCCUAAAUAAGUUGUUGCCAGGUGACGUCGUGUUGGGCAUCGGUUUUGACGGCGACCAAAGCGGCGGCUUGUUUUGCGCCGAGGUGGACGUGCCGGCGUUCGGCCAUGGCGGCUGUCAUCUCGUCGAGAGGAACUUGGGCGAGAAGGCGCACCUGGUAGAGCACAUUGAAAGGGUCCUCGGAAAUAUCCGACGCAAUUAUAAAUUAUUAAAUGCCGCCGUGCCCUUGGAUGCGACGCCGCCAUGUGACCGUGAAGAAGGCACAUUUUUGGAUAAGGUUGUCACCGUCUGCUACGCGUUGGAGAACCUUUGUCCAACUGCAGUUUAAUGAAGAUUAGCCGAAGUAAAACGGAGUAGAUGUGCAUGAAUGAGAGGGGCGGAGGGGGAAGAGUGAAGCUCCAGGGAGAAAAGAUGGCGAGGGUGGACGACUUCAAAUACUUGGGGUCAACCAUGCGGAGCAACGGUGAGUGUGGUAAUGAAGUGAAGAAACGGGUACAAGCGGGGUGGGACAGUUGGCGGAAGGAAGGUGUCUGGUGUUCUAUGUGACAGAAGAGUCUCCGCAAGGAUGAAGAACAAAGUCUAUAAAAAUGUGGUGAGGCCGGCCAUGAUGUACGGAUUAGAGGCGGUGGCUCUGAGGAAACAACAGGAAGCAGAACUGGAGGUGGCAGAAAUGAAGAUGUUGAGGUUCUCGCUCGGAGUGAGCAGGUUGGAUAGGAUUAGAAACGACCUCAGGGACAGCCAAAGUUGGAUGUUUUAGAGACAAGGUUUGAGAGAGCAGACUUGGAUGGUUUGGACGUGUUCAGAGGCGAAAGAGUGACUAUGUCGGUAGAAGGGUGCUGCCAGGCAAAAGAGCGAGAGGAAGACCAAAGAGAAGGUUUAUGGAUGUGGUGAGGGAGGACAUGAAGACUGAGGGUGUUAGAGAGGAAGAUGCACGAGAUGGGCUUCGAUGGAAAAAGAUGACACGUUGUGGCGCUCCCUAACGGGACAAGCCGAAAGGGAAAAAAAAGAU